AUGGAUGACAUACGCAUCAUCAAGGCCGUGGAGGGCUUCCCCGAAUUAUAUAGUAAAGGACACCCAAACUACAAAGAUAUUCGAAAGAAAGAAAGAACCUGGCAGGUUAUUGGAGCCAUUCUAGGUUUAGACGACCAACCGUUCAAACACACCAACACAACACCAGAGCACAUCAGUCCCUCGUUCAAACACACCAACACAACACCAGAGCACCCCUGUCCCUCGUUCAAACACACCAACACAACACCAGAGCACAUCAGUCCCUCGUUCAAACACACCAACACAACACCAGAGCACAUCAGUCCCUCGUUCAAACACACCAACACAACACCAGAGCACAUCAGUCACUCGUUCAAACACACCAACACAACACCAGAGCACAUCAGUCCCUCGUUCAAACACACCAACACAACACCAGAGCACAUCAGUCACUCGUUCAAACACACCAACACAACACCAGAGCACAUCAGUCCCUCGUUCAAACACACCAACACAACACCAGAGCACCCCUGUCCCUCGUUCAAACACACCAACACAACACCAGAGCACCCCUGUCCCUCGUUCAAACACACCAACACAACACCAGAGCACCCCUGUCCCUCGUUCAAACACACCAACACAACACCAGAGCACAUCAGUCCCUCGUUCAAACACACCAACACAACACCAGAGCACCCCUGUCCCUCGUUCAAACACACCAACACAACACCAGAGCACCCCUGUCCCUCGGUCUAG